AUGCAAAUUAAAAUCCAUUUUCUCGUUUUAUCAAUCUUUUCACUUUUCUUCAUUAAAGAAAUUUCUGCCCAAGACGUUAAUGGCAAUUGUGGUGCAAAAAGCAUCGGAGGAGCUGUUAAGUGUCUGAAUGGUUUUUGUUGUUCGGAAUUUGGCUUUUGCGGAUCAACAACAGGACAUUGUGGUAAAGGAUGUCAAUCAGCAUUCGGUAGGUGUGGCGAAGCUGCUCAACCAGCAGCAUCAAAUAACAGAAUCAUCACCACUUGUAAAACUCCAGGAACUGUUGCCCUCACAUUUGAUGAUGGGCCUACCCUUGACACAAGAUCUCUUCUUAAAGUGUUGAAGGAUGAAAAUGUUAAAGCCACUUUCUUUGUGAAUGGAGAUAAUUUUGGAUGUAUUUACGAUAAAGAUAUUUCAGAUUUGGCAAAGCUCAAAAAAUCACAAAUCGUCACUGAAAUGAAAAAACUUGAAGUAGCACUCAAAAGAAUCAUAGGCCGUAUACCAAAACACAUGAGACCACCAUUUGGUUCGGGUGUUGAGAAAAAAUCCGUUGUUGAUACGAUUACUUCACUUGGUUAUGAUAUAAUCUUGUGGGAUGAAGAUUCUUUGGAUGCUAGUGGAGCGUCUGUUUCCAAGUCUCUUGGGAUUUAUAGUAAAGUGCCCGGUCCAAAGAAGUCACACAUUAUCUUGAACCAUGAUGCAGUUCCAACUACCGAUAAAGUCAUGAUAAAAAAGGCCAUUAAAAUAUUGAAAGCUAAAGGAUUCAAAUUUGCCACUGUUGCUCAAUGUUUGGGAAUUACAAAUCCUGAUAAAUGGUAUCAAUUCGUUGGUAAACCAGAAAGUCGUGACCCCAAAACAUGGAAAUGUUAA